GAGCGCUUUGCGGCGUCGAAGAUUUUGUGUGUAGCGUCUCGUCUCUAGCCAUCAGGCAAAGUUGCGCGUUGCGUGUCCGUCGUUCUAGUGUGGGCGUGUGUUUUUUCUAAUACAUCUUCUCACUUUCUAUCUUGCGGUCGUCGACUAGGAUACCGACGGGAUGAAAUUAGCUUGUGCGGCGCUGUGCGUUGUGAUAGCCGUAGUUGCCACACCAGUCCUCAGUCAAAAUAGACCAGUGUCGAACAGGCCGGGACGUUUCCUUUCACUGCCAAAUCCACAAAAAUGUGCUAGCCGGCCUAAACAAUUCUCGUACAGGGGUCACAAUUACUUCUUCACUGGACACGUACCUGCCCUAGCUAAUAAGAAAAUGGAUUGGUUGGAUGGCAGGAAUCUUUGUAGAGAGUACUGUAUGGAUCUCGUUUCCCUGGAAACACAAGAAGAGAACAAUAUGAUCUUCAGACUUAUUCAACAAAAUGACGUUCCCUACAUCUGGACUUCAGGACGUUUGUGCGACUUCAAAGGAUGUGAAAAUCGUCCAGACUUGGAACCCAAAAACAUCUUCGGAUGGUUCUGGUCAGCUAACAGGGAAAAGAUGGCCCCCACCAAUCAGACUCCUGCCGGAUGGGGAUACAAUCCUUGGUCAUCUACCGGGCAUAAGAAACAGAAACAACCUGACAAUGCUGAAUUUGACAUCAACGGUACAAGUGAAUCCUGCCUGUCUAUCCUCAACAACGUAUACAACGACGGCAUCGCCUGGCAUGACGUCGCCUGUUACCACGAAAAACCAGUCGUCUGCGAGGACUCCGACGAACUUCUCAACUACGUCAGAGGCACAAACCCAGGCCUCCGCCUUUAAAAGCCCAGUAACCUGCCUAAAGUCUCUAUUUAUUAAAUUUAAUUCUUAAAUUUAAAGAUUAAAACUUAAGAUUAUGCCGAAUAAUAAAAAAACUGCCGUGUAUUAAAAAGCACUGUAAAUUAUGUCAAUUAUGCCAAUUAGAGUAAAACGUUUUGCACAAAUUUAUAUUUCAGUGUAUAUUUUGUAUAAAGUGUAAUUAUAUACCUUCGAUUUUUUUA